GGACGAGCCGCGCACUUCUCGGGGAGGAGCUCCACUGGCAGCAAAAGGGAGGAAAGAAUUUAACUGCGCAAAAAGUCCUGUGUGGUGACGGAUGUCCAAAGUCCAGAACUUUUUCAAUGUGCGUCUGUUUCGCAGAGGAACGGGGAUGGGGACGGCUUGAGCUCCUGAGAGAAAACCAACACGCCGCACUGUUGUGAACUUUUCUCCUGUUUCUUUUUGCAGUUUUUUUUAACUGAGCAGUGAGGGACUGAGAUUUGUGCGCCCUCGGUCGUCAGAGGAGGGAGAAGAGGAGCUCUCCGUCUGCCUAUUUUUGGGGCUAUAUUGUCGCCGGAUCAACGUGAAGACAUGCAGGCUCGCUACUCCGUCUCGAGUCCCAACUCCCUGGGCGUCGUGCCGUACAUCAGCAGCGACCCGAGCUACUACCGGGCCGCUGCUGGUGGAGGAUACACGGGGAUGCCUGCUCCUAUGAACAUGUACUCCCAUGCGGCACAUGACCAAUACCCUGCCAGCAUGGCCCGUGCGUAUGGACCGUACACACCUCAACCUCAGCCCAAGGAUAUGGUCAAACCCCCCUAUAGCUACAUUGCGCUCAUCACCAUGGCUAUCCAAAACUCGCCUGACAAGAAGGUGACCCUGAACGGGAUUUACCAGUUUAUCAUGGAGAGGUUUCCAUUUUACCGAGACAACAAGCAGGGCUGGCAGAAUAGCAUCAGACACAAUCUGUCUCUCAAUGAGUGUUUUGUCAAGGUGCCCCGUGAUGAUAAGAAACCCGGUAAAGGCAGCUACUGGACCCUGGACCCGGACUCUUACAAUAUGUUUGAAAACGGGAGCUUCCUGAGGAGGAGGCGGCGGUUCAAGAAGAAGGACGCGAUGAAGGAGAAAGAAGAGCGGCAGACGAAGGACGUGCCGGCCAGGCAGCAAGGCCAGGAGCAGGCGGUGCAGGGCUCCCAGCCGGUGAGGAUCCAGGAUAUUAAGACCGAGAACGGCAGCGCCACGCCGCCGCAGGCCGAUUCGCCCUCACUCAGCACCGUGCCCAAAAUCGAGAGCCCGGACAGCAGCAGCAUGUCCAGCGGGAGCCCCCACAGCAUCCCGUCCAGCAGGUCUAUAGGCAUGGACGGCUCCGAGCACCACCAGCACCACGGCCAGGCCUCGACGCAGGGCUUCAGCGUAGACAACAUCAUGACCUCCCUCCGGGGGUCUCCACAAGGGGCCACAGAGCUCACCCCCAGCCUCGGCGCCUCCACCAGGACAGGUAUAACACCGUCAUUGUCCUUAAACUAUUCUCCGAGCCAGACCUCCGUCUAUAGUUCACCCUGUAACCAGAACUCCAUCUCCACUACCUCCAACGCCACCUAUCAUUGCAACAUGCAAGCCAUGAGCUUGUACGCCGGGGACAGAUCUAGCCACUUGGCACCGAGCACCACCGUGGACGACACGUUGCCAGAUUACUCCAUCACGACCACCGCAUCCUCCCUGAACCACGGUAAUCUGAACUCGGGGCAGGAGGGCCACCAUCCCCACCAAGGGAGGCUGACUUCGUGGUACCUGAACCAGGCCGGGGACCUGGGCCACCUGGGCGCAACGUACCCGGCGCAGCAGCAGAACUUCCACUCGGUCCGAGAGAUGUUUGAAUCCCAACGAAUUGGCUUGAAUAACUCGCCGGUGAAUGGGAAUAACAGCUGUCAGAUGUCAUUCCCCCCGAGCCAGUCCAUCUAUCGCACUUCGGGAGCUUUUGUGUAUGACUGCAGCAAGUUCUGACCAAAAGAAAGAAAGAAAGAAAGACAGGCUCGAUCUUUUCCUCACGGUGUUUGAACUCUUUCAGUAAAUUCCCCCCCUUCUCUCCUCCACCCUCACCUCGUGGACUGACAGAAAACAAAAACAGAAAAGACUUGAUCUCGGUUUUUUCUAAAGAACAGUGUUACUGCAGAAAAAAUAACACGUAAGUCUCUCUUUGCUUUGGUGGCUUUAUGUGAUGAUAUGCUAAAGAUAUGCCAGUUCUCAUGAACGUGUAAAGUGCAUAUACUAAUUUAUUUCUAAGCUGUAGCCGGAUAUUAUGGACCAAACACCAAAAAAAAAGUGUUUCUAAAUUGAACUGCCUUAAAUAAUUGUCCAAAAAAUAUAAUGUUCCAUUAUAAAAGUUAAGAAAGGAACGUGUAUACCGCCGUACUAUUUCAAAGAUUCUUCAUUUGUUGAAAAGUAUUUUUUUUUGAAGGAUUUUUUGUUUGUUUGUUUAAUAAUAAAUUUGUCAUUUUAUGUGA